UACGCCUCCAUUUCCCCAAAUCCCUGCAGAGCAAGUGACCGGCCCAGGGAUCCCCUAAACUAGUGCUGAGGGAGCCCCUGAACGUCGUCCUGAGCGUUGUCCCGAGGACCGGGCUCAGGUGCGCAGGCGCAGCCCCCCACGGCUGGCAGGAGCAGAAUGGAGGGGGGAAGGUGCAUUGUUCCUGUGACAGCUGAGAGGGUUGUGUUGGCGUGGGUGUGUCACGCGCGUGUGAGAGUGGGCGGGGCUGGGAACUGCGCCCAGGUAAUGCGGUUAUGCGCCCCCGGCCCCUGCUCAGUGCCCCGACCUCUGCCAGGAGAAACCGAACCUAACAGAGCCACAGAUCUCUGGGAAACUGGAAAUGACUGAAAAUAUUUAACUUGGUGUGGAGAGGCAGCUGGGAACGGCUGGAGCUGGCCUUGGUACCAGAAAGGUCUGGGCCAGCCCAUCUCUGAGGCUCCCUACCUGUGUGAUCUUGGACAAGUCACUUCCAUUGUCUAAGAUUGACGUGAUUCUUAACCCGUCUUCUCGGGACUAUUUCAGAAUAACUGGUUUUCUUGGUAACCCUAUGCAUUCGGUGCAUAGAAACCUGGUCGUGAGGAGACCGUAAGAGGCUGUCAGGGGGCCCGGGCUAGAGGUAGGGUCUCCCUCCUCCCCGGGUCUCUGGCCAAUGAUCUUGCGUUUGUGGGCUGCCUUAACCUCCCAGUGCCCUGCGCGGUCUCUCAGGACUAGAAGCUGGAUGUUGUAGCUACUGACAUGAGGGAAAUCACUGAUUCGGAUCGACCUCCCUCCUCCCUUCAUAAAGGGAAGCAGCUGAAGGAUGGAGACCUUGAGUAUCAUACCCAGAAUCGCCUGCGACAGUGUGGGAGAUUCUGUGAAUGAUCCUCUGAGCAGAGCUCCCUCCGUCCCUGGGAAGCUGCCCCACGACUGUGAUCUAAGGAGAUCUGGCGAGGCUGUCUCUGGGCUCUGGGGCCAGCUAGCGUGAGGGAUCGUUUCCUGGAGGCUCUGGGAGCUGCCCUCUACAACUGGCAUAUGACCUCUGUCCUUCCCUCCCCCCCCAACUCUGGUUCUUCAGGAUUUUGUCCUUCCCCCGAUGAGAAGAGUGAAGGAGGAAGUAGAAGGAGGGACUUCUGGGCACCUGAUGGUCAAGUCCCAGGAGCUGAUGACGUUCCAGGAUGUGGCCGUGGACUUCACCCAGGAGGAGUGGGGGCGCCUGGAGCCGGCCCAGAAGGACCUAUACAGAGACGCGAUGCUGGAGAACUACCGGAACUUUGUUUCCCUUGGGCUUCCCGUUUCCAAACCAGAUGUGGUUUCCCAGUUGGAGAGAAGGGAAGUCCUGUGGUUCCCAGACAGAGACAUCCCAAGAUGCCCUUUUCUAGCUUCCUUUACUCAGAAGACAAGAUAUAAAACCAAGAAGUCAAUUUCAAAGGAAGGAAAUUCUAUGAGAGAGUCGUCCAAGAAGAGAUUCACAAAAGAUGGUCUCUGGCAUACAAAGUUUGAAGAAACUUUGUGAUAUAGGGUUAGCCAAACAGAAAGGCAGUACAGAGAGACAGUAUUGGGAGAGACAGUAUUGGCAAUCAACAGUCACUCAUAGAAAACCUUUUAAUGAGUUGAAUGUUCAUGACUUUGGAAGGAAGUUCAAUCUUGUGUCAGGUCUUCCACAGCAGACAGUUCCAAUGAGAAAAAGUUUCCAUAAAUCUACAGGUGAAAAAAGUUUUGAGCAUUUUUCAGGACUAAGUAAGUAUAGUAAACAUUCCUUAGGAAAAGCACUUUCUAAGUAUAUAGUAAGUGCAGAAAGCCCUUCAGUUAUCAUUCAGACCUCAUUCAAUACCAUAGAAUACAUUUUGGAGAGAAACGCUGUAAAUGUAAUGAAUGUGGGGAAACCUUUAGCAACAACUCAUGCUUAACUGUACAUCAAAGAAUUCAUACUGGAGAGAAACCUUAUAAGUGUAAUAAAUGUGGAAAAGCUUUUAGCCAGAAAGGGAACCUUAAUACACAUAGGAUAAUUCGUACUGGACUGAAACUUUUUAAGUGUAAUCAGUGUCAGAAAGCCUUUGGCAAUAAGUCAUCCCUUAUUGUUCAUCAAAGGAUUCAUACUGGUGAGAAGCCCUUUGAAUGUAAUGUAUGUGGAAAAGCUUUUAGCCAGCGAGGAUAUCUUAAGCAACAUGUUCGAGUCCACACUGGAGAGAAGCCCUUUGAAUGUAAUGAAUGUAGAAAAGCUUUCAGCAAUAAUUACCACCUGACUCGACACCAAAGCAUCCAUACUCGAGAGAAGCCUUGCGUAUGUAAUGAAUGUGGCAAUGCCUUCAGCCAGCAAGAGUACCUUAAGAAACAUAAGAGAAUCCACACUGGGGAGAAGCCCUUUGAAUGUAACAAAUGUGGUAAAGCCUUCUGUGACAAUCACCAACUAACUCGACACCAAAGCAUUCAUAUUCAAGAGCGGCCUUAUAUGUGUAAGAAAUGUGGACAAGCUUUCAGAAACCGUUCCCCUUAGCUCACCUUAGCUCAUCAGAGAAAUCAUGCUCAAGGGAAACCCUAUAAAUGUAAUGAAUGUGGCAAAGACUUCAGGCACAGCUCAUCUCUUGUACAACACCAGAGGAUUCACACUGGAGAGAAACCAUUUCAGUGUAAUGAGUGUGAGAAAGCUUUCAGCCAGAGGGGAGAUCUUAAUAAACACAGGAAAAUCCAUACAGGAGAGAAACCUUUUCAGUGUCACGAAUGUGGGAAAGCUUUUAGUCAGAUCAAGUAUCUGACUGAACAUCAGGAAAUUCAUUCCCAAGAGAAACCCUGUAAAUGUAAUGACUGCAGAAAAGCCUUCAGCAACAAUUACUGCCUUAAUCAACAUCAAAGAAUUCAUACUGGAGAGAAAUCUUAUAUAUGUAAUGAAUGUGGGAAGGCUUUCAUUCAGAGAGGAGACCUGACUAAACAUCAGAGAAUUCAUACUGGAGAGAAACCUUUUCAGUGUAGUGAAUGUGGGAAUGUUUUCAACCGCAAUGGAAACUUUAAGCAACAUCAGAGAAUUCAUACUGGAGAGAAACCUUUUGAAUGUGAUGAAUGUGGAAAGACCUUCAGGCAGAGGCAAAACUUAACUACACACAAAAAAAACUCAUACUGGUGAAAAACUUAGUGAGAUAUAAUUAUCUGGGGAAAGUUCUUAGCUUAGAGGAACAUCCAAAGAAUAUCAGAGAAUUCAUGCCAGAAAUUUCUAGAAAUGUAAUGAAUUUGAAAGCCUUCAACAUGUGCUCAUUCUUAGUAAGUAGGAAAGAAUUAAUAUUGAAGCAAGACUAUAAGUAUAACUGACCAUGAAAAAAUUUGUGGAUGGGAAUUCAUGUUCCAUCAGAGACUUGAUCCUAGAAUCAGAGAUAUAAUAAUACAGAAGAAACUACAUAAAGACUUGUAAAUUGUGAAAUUCUAGAGUCAAGAUCUCAAAUUUUUUAUUAAACUGUACAAUUGUUUUGGUAUUUUUAAGAGAGAAAAAUAACUAUAUUUGUCUUUAUAUCUCCUUUCUCUUGAUGUACAUAUUAGUUUCUGUUUGGUGAUAAUGGGGUGGCAAGAGUUUAGGAUCUGAAGUAGCACCUAAAUCACAAGAUCUCAAAAUUGAUUUAUUAAACAUUUAGGCAUUUGAUAUGAAUAUCAUUUAUUUUAAUGACUUUUCAGAGCCAAGGAAUAAAAAGAUAGACAGUAGUGAGUUAAAAUGACUUUCUUGCCUAUGGCUGGGUAAUUCUCCAUUUGGAGAUUACUUAAGUAUCUCUUGAGAUGUAAAUUAAUUACCUCUGGAUAGGGUAGUUCCAGGUUAUGUUUGUUAAUUGUAUUGUCUUGGGAUAGAAUCAUAGCAUCAACUAAUUUAUCUGAGCUAGUGAAAAUCACUUAGCUAACUUCAAUCUCAGAGUUCAAAGGGACCUUAGUCACUAAUUGUCUAAGUCAUAUUUAGACAUGAGUUUUCAUAUAUCACACUAUCACACAAUAAAAAUAUUUUUAGAAAUAAUUUUAUUUUUACUUUUUUAAUUUCUAAGUUAUCCCUCUCCUCUUUCCACUAACUAGUGAGAAGGCAAGAA